CGUGGUAGACCUUAAAAAGCCGGAGGAGAAGGAGGGAGGCCGAAUCUCAUUAGAUUCCCCCUCAGAUAAAGAACCCACAUUGUGUGGGGGUCAUGGCGAGUGCUACAGGUCAGAUGUAGAAAAUAUGCCAUGUGAUCGGUGCCAGUAUUCAAAAGAUGCCUAUAUGCACUAUUCAAUUCUCUUUCCUAUGCACCCGCUCGCCCUGCAGCGUCAUUACAGUACAGGCUGGCAGCUGACCAAAUAAGUUUCAUGAGCAUGUUUUCUUCGUAAACAACUUCCAGUGCAGCAUCCAUCGCUGAGGUUAUUGUAGUGAUUGAUGGCUCCAGCUUCAAAGCCCUGCUAUAGAAACGUUCGGGGGGCCACUGGAACCCGAGCAGAGCUCUAUAUGGUGGCGGUUAAUUGGCGCGGCCGAGCUUUGAAGUGAGCUGAGGGACAGCAGAGGAGGUCUGAAACUGGAGGAGCGGAGGCAGCGAGGUGCCGCAGAAAAGCAGAGAAGAAACUGAAAACGCAUUCAGGAUAAACCCAUGCGUAAAUGUGACACACUUGAAGAGAGAGAGAGGGGAGAAAAGUUUGGGGCUGGGCUACAGGUGGUUCACUGUGUAUAGGGAGAAAGGGAUGGGAGCGCUGCUGUGCGCUAGGAGGAACCAUCCGGACCAGAGCUUAAAGACGGAUAUUCCCUGCCUCAGGACACACCCUCCAUGCGCUCCUUUCUCUCUCCCUCCCUCUCAUUGUUUCCCACACUCACUCUGACGCCGCCGGGCUUCGUAUCGGGUUGAUAAAUGACGACCCAGCCGCUUGGAUGAGAGGAGUGCAAAGUGAAAUCAUUCCGCUGGAAGACGCGCAACUUUGGCGGCCGCUUGAAUAUUUUCCCCCCCCCUUGAUGUGGUGCGUCGUGGAUCAGGCUUGAAGAGAGGCACAAUAAGAAGAAAGGAGACAGUGUGGCAGCUAAUUGGGAUGAGAGUUCAAGUCAAGUGAAACGGCAGAUUGGACCUUUAAAGCCUCUUAACGCAGGUGGUAGGAGGAAAACAGCGCAAGGGCAGUGUGUUUACGUGCCGCGUGUGUUUGUGUGUGUUUGUGUGCAUGCGUUAGUCCCAGUGGAAAUCCACCCAGGACACAGCAGCAGCAAGGAGGUGAUCAGGUGCGCGCUCCUCUGUGUGUGUGGGUUGGAGGGUGGGUGGGGGAUAAAUCAAAGCGCAGGCACACAGAGAUAGUUAUGGUUUCUCUGAACCUGAAGCGAUGAAGCGGCUCUGUGGGAGUUUCAGGGUCUAACAGCGGAGAAGGACGGACGCACGCAGGAGGGGAGAAGGAAACCGGGCACCGCCGUCGCCAAAGCGCGCAACGCAGUCACCAAUAUCCCCCUGACGCAGUGAUGGAGAGCCAAAUUGCGCACAGGAUAACUCGGCUCGAUCCCGGAAAACGGAGCGGAAAGAUCACCGGGUGGCCAGACAUGAGCACUGACCGACACCGGGGAAACCACCAACUGCAGCGGACUAUGCUUUUCCUCGUGGCGCUGGCGAUACAACCGCAGGCUGUUUGUGCCGUGGGCCGGUUCGAGCUUCAGAUCCGCCACUUCCAGAACCCACAUGGACUCCUGCAGACGGGAGAGUGCUGCGACCUCCAGACCAGCGGGGGACAACGUUGUUCUGCCAGGGACCAGUGCGACACAUACUUCCAUGCCUGCCUCAAGGAGUACCAGGCCCGGGUCGUCCCAACUGGAACCUGCACCUUUGGCUCCGGCAGCACAGGGAUUCUGGGUGGAAACUCCCAGUCGCUCCGCCACCGAGGACACGAUGGAGGAGGAGGAGGAGGAGGAGGAGGGGAGGACGGGACAAAUGGACACAUUGUCAUUCCCUUCAAAUAUGCCUGGCCAAAGUCCUUCUCCCUGGUGUUGGAGGCUCUUGACUACGACAACGACACAACAACAACAUCAGAACCAGGUCAGCUAAUUGAGCGAGUCCUCCUCUCCUCCAUGUUGAAUCCCGGUGAGCAGUGGCAGACGUAUCGUCACCACGGACGAUCCCUCGGCCUCGAGUACCGCCUUCGCUUCCGCUGUGAUGCCAACUACUACGGACCUUUCUGCAACAAAUUCUGCCGGGCCCGUGACGACUUCUUCGGCCACUUCAGCUGUGACCCCAGCGGCUCCAAGGUCUGCAUCGAUGGGUGGACGGGGUCGGAGUGCAAAGAAGCGGUGUGCAGGCAGGGUUGUCAUCAGACCCACGGCUUCUGCACUGUUCCUGGAGAGUGCAAGUGUCAUUAUGGCUGGAAAGGUCCUCUGUGUGACCAGUGUGUCACGUUCCCAGGCUGUGUGUAUGGGAGCUGCACCGAACCCUGGCAGUGUGUGUGUGACGUCAACUGGGGAGGACUGCUGUGUGACAAAGAUCUGAACUACUGUGGUACACACCAGCCCUGCAGGAACGGUGGCACCUGCACCAACACUGAACCAAACGAGUACAAGUGUGAGUGCCAGGAGGGUUUCAGAGGACGCACCUGUGACAUAGUCGAACAUGCGUGUUUGUCGUCCCCGUGUAUGAACGGAGCCACCUGCGUGGAAGACCCGACGGGCUUCAGCUGCAUCUGCACCAACGGCUGGACCGGAAACACCUGCUCAGACGCGGUGAGACAGUGUGAUCAGAACCCCUGUGGACAUGGAGCGACGUGCGAGGAAGCUGUUGGAGGUUACCGGUGCCUCUGCCCACCCGGAUGGUCGGGCAGAACAUGCCAGCUGGACACCAACGAGUGUGAAAUUAAUAUAUGCGUUCACGCCCGCUCUUGUCGCAACCUGAUCGGUGGAUACCUGUGUGACUGCCUUCCUGGAUGGACGGGUCCUAACUGUGACAUCAGGAACAGCAGCUGUCAGGAUUUGUGUUUGAACGGUGGACGCUGUGAGGACCUGGUGUCAGGGUCCAGAUGCUGGUGUCCACCUGGUUUCUUGGGGAAAUAUUGCCAAAAUGGUCCAAGCCCUUGCCACAGUGCCCCCUGUCUUCAUGGAGGACAGUGUGUGGAGAAGGACGGAAAGACAGCCGCCUGCAUCUGUCCCACUGGAUAUUCAGGAGUCUCUUGUGAGACAGUGUUGGAUAUGUGCAAUCCCAACCCCUGCCAGCAGGGGGCAUCUUGUCACAGCAUAGAAGGAAGAUACACGUGUGCCUGUCCUGAGGGUUACUAUGGGAACCAGUGCACAAGCCUCAAAAAUCCCUGUAUUGGUCAACAGUGUCCAGGUGCCAUGUCUGACACUCCACACGAGGGCAUCAGCUUCUACAUGAUCCUGGUGGGCAUCUUAGCGUUGGUCACGGUCUGCGGCUGUGCUGUCUGCGCCUUCGUUCUCUCCCACCACCAUCGUAAACGGAAAAAGCAGCAGGCCGUCCCGCAGGAAGAAGGCAUCAACAACCAGAGGGAGUUUGUCAACCUCAUCAGAAACGUGGACCGUGCCGUGCCCCUGGUGCCGCCCGCCACGACUCUGUCACACACCCCGGCCCCUGUUCCCAUCUCACGUUGCUAUGAGGAGAUUGAACUGACCCUGCCGCCCUCGCCGGCCCCGUCACACCCCUCACCCGCACUAAAGCCUGUCCAUGCUCCCAAACUGGACAUUUCAAACCGGGACAGGGAGAAGUUGAACCGCUUCCACUACACAGACAACCAGGAACUGGAGGUCUGACCUUUGAGGCAUCUGAGGCGCUUUAUGUUUUUUUUUUUUACUUUAUUUUGCAUCCUCUGCACUCUUUUACUGACAGGUCCUUUUCUCCAGAUACUGCAGUUAUGUAAAUGGAGAGACCCUUCAACCUCGCUGUGCUCAGAUGACUGAGGGCAGUCACCUGAGAAGGCCGUUAGGAGGAGAGGUCAAAAAGACUGUGAGCCUAUUUUGACACCUGUGAGAGGCAGCGGGUGUGUGACGUUUGACUGAAAGACUCAUCAGACUCUUGAAUGAAUGUAGAGACACACCUGGCAGUGCCUGACAUGCUGUCGAGAGGAAGUACAGGAUCAUCCUCUGUAGGAGCCUCUCAACAUGUUUCCUGGUCCACGGUGCCAUCGGACAAAUGUUGUGACCUCUGUUUCUGCUUCACACUGAAACUCUGACAGGCAGAGAGAGCAACCGACGGACAUUUAUUUAACAGUGUGUGUUCAUGUU